ACCACAUUUCUCUCCCUAAGUCCCACCCUAAAUCACAUUCUCUCCUUUCAAAUUCACCACCAAAACAUCGAUCAAUGGCUACUUCAAGAGACUCGUCAGUUUUACUAAUGAUCUCUCUUGUGGGAAGUUUACUCAUGCUUCUCUCAGCUGCUAACCUUCACCAAGACAUUGACAUCACAUGGGGCGAUGGUCGCGCUAAGAUACUUAACAACGGCGAGCUUCUUACCCUCUCGCUUGACAAAGCCUCCGGCUCAGGCUUUCAAUCCAAGAAUGAGUAUCUUUUUGGAAAGAUCGAUAUGCAGCUCAAGCUUGUCCCCGGAAACUCCGCUGGCACUGUCACCGCCUACUAUCUGUCCUCACAAGGGUCAACCCAUGAUGAGAUAGACUUCGAAUUCUUGGGAAACCUAAGUGGUGACCCUUACAUUCUUCACACAAACGUGUUCAGCCAAGGCAAGGGAAACAGAGAGCAACAAUUCUACCUAUGGUUCGACCCAACUGCCAAUUUCCACACAUACUCAAUUCUCUGGAACCCCAAAUGCAUUAUAUUUUGUGUGGACGGCACACCCAUUAGGGAGUUCAAGAACUCAGAGUCAAUUGGUGUUCCAUACCCAAAGAAGCAGGCAAUGAGGAUAUACUCUAGCCUGUGGAACGCGGACGAUUGGGCCACGAGGGGUGGGUUGGUGAAGACUGAUUGGAAUGGAGCACCCUUCACUGCUUCAUACAGGAACUUCAAUGCCAAUGCUUGCAUUUGGUCUUCUGGAGCAUCUUCUUGCAGUUCUGCUGGUUCUAGUUCUAACUCGUGGCUCUCACAAGAGUUGGACUCUACAAGCCAAGAGAGGUUACAUUGGGUACAAAAGAACUACAUGAUUUACAAUUAUUGCACAGACACCAAAAGGUUUCCCCUAGGCCUUCCUCAGGAAUGCAACAUGUCCUAGAACAUUUAAAUCGUACUCAUAUGUCAAUUCUUUUGUUAUUUGCCCAGGCUCAUUCUUGAUCGCAUUGUAUUCAUUUAAUUCUCUGUAAUCCCACAAUCCAAUUCGUAUACAUUCUUUCUUCUUCUUGUUGUUAA